AUGUCGGGAGAUUCGAAUAUCGGUGCAUGGAUACAAUUUGCAAAGCUUACCGCGGCUGCGGGUGAAAUGGCCCCAUUUCCGUACAUCAAGGGUGUUGCAGGGUGUAUCGCGUCAAUUCUUGAGGUCAUUGAGUUAGCUGGCAAGAACAAUGAGGACCUUCAGGACUUGGCAGAGAGCAUUGGAACGACAAUACGAAUCAUCAAGGAAACUGUUCAAGCGCACGGUGAUACGAGCGCGACAUGUUUCCACGAUGUAUGUAUGGAGCUUCAGGCAUACCUGGAGAGUUUAAUUGCUGAAAUAAACACCACUCGAUGCAAUUUGAAGUCCAAAAGGAUUACACGAUUCCUGAAAACGAAGAAGGUUUCCGGUGCUAUCGAUGGAUACAAACAGCGAGUGAACAACAUUAAGGCGGAUUUCCUUGUUCUGGUUACUACCGAUGCAAGGCACGCGAUAUCUGAGAUGCGGGAUGCACUGAGUACCACUGUCCAAUCUCAAGCUCACUGCAUUCGAGGCGAGAUACGUUCCUUGGGUGAUAUCCAGAAGGAAAAUGUGGCCCAGAUUUGUGAGAAGCUUCAGGAUCUGAAAGGAGAUCAUAAAGGACAGGUUCGAGAACUUUCCCAGUGGGAGAUCUAUGUAGGAAGGGCCGUGUCUCCUUGGCAUCGCUUUGGCCCUGUAUACGAAGACAGAUACUGCACAGUCGAGAGCAGCAGCUCAGCAAAAAUCAUUCGUGUAUACCAACAUUCUCAUCAUAAUAAAGAAGUUAUACUGAAACAAUUCAAUGAUGAUGCAGAUGCUUUGAUUAAUAUAAAGCACCCAAACAUCGCACAAAUCUUUGGCAUCUGCAGAUCACCAAACUUUCCAGCCAUCAUAUUUCAUGGUACCACCCAGAUCUCUUUCUAUGAUUAUGAAAGUAAUUUGACUGCAAAGCAAUUUGUACGAUUCUAUAUCCAACUGUUCUAUGAUUUAGAGUCAGUCACAGAGUAUUUGUCCAGGCACUACACCCUUCCUGAUCUGGGAGGCCUGGUAAAUCCAAGUCCUAUCCAGCUCAAUGAACAUGGGCAAAUUGUCAUGACACCUACAGUAUCUAACUUGUAUGGCAUUGGGGUUUCUUUUGUGUAUAUCUCUGAUAUACUAUGGAACCACAUCAAUCUCUGGGUCUCACUGACCAGGGAGCCACUUCUCAGCCAAAUCAACAGAUGGUCCUCAUCGCUGACUUUGCAAAAGGACAAUUUAUGCAAUGUGUAUGAUGCCAUCAAACACAUCAUUUGGUCUAAACAUUCUUCACUCUUCCAUCCACAAAAUCAACCUUAUGCACCAGGUAGUGUAUUGACCUCAUCCAGGGGGACUUUGGUGGGCAGAGUCCAGGCUAGAUUAGACAAAUGGGAGGUGUACUGGGAAGGUCACACUAUACUUUCGUUGCCCUCGACAAACAAUGGUUCAGUAAUGGUUCCUUUACCGUAUGCUGGGACUCUGUCCUAUUAUGCUGAGAUCCAGUCACAUUCAUUUGACGGGAUUUUGAAUUCGUGGAUUGCGCAAGCUUCCCAACUACAAUCUUGUAUCCACUCCAGGGAUCAUGUUGAUGAUGACGAGCUACUUCUAAUAGACAAAAUACACUUUAGCCUAUCUGUCAUACCAGAAGAGAGGUAUGACCCUUUUCGUCUCUGCAAUACAUUCAUGGCUGAAGACCAUCACACACUCUCAUUGUUAAUAAGCACUCCCUCCAUUGAUUAUCAGACCAACAAGGUGUCCUGGCAGGCUGUCUUCACAUGGUUCUAUGAUGGGGACUCAGAAAUGUCUUCAGUUGAAGUAGAGGAAGUUUUUGGUGUGAAGCUUUCUACAUGGGAGGUUUCAUGGAGACAGCCUUUCUCUAAAAUGGUGCUUACAACCAUACCCAAGUUGAAUGCCGACUAUAGAUUCAACCCAGCCUGUGGUGGUGCAGAUGUCUGUGAGUAUUUUGGGUGGCCGCUCAUGGAGAUCCUCGACAUUUCCACAGGAGAUUGGAUGCCUUUAAAUGGCACUGUAUCCAAGCUGGCAUCAGUCAACCUGGAUGAUGGGCAUUGUUCCUUGAGCAAGAAGACCACCUCUUCACUGGGUAAUGCACUAGAGGGAGCACAUGUUGAUGAAGUGUUGACUGAGAUGGAGAAUGCUACUCCUGUGCAAACCAGAGACUUGAAAAUGAGCCAUGGCUCACUGGUGUUCAUUGUAAUGUUUACUGCUAUCAGUACCAUUCUGCUAUCCUUUGUUAUUCAGACCUAUGUGUAG